AGUGGACCCUCGAGUCAAGGUGUAUAUCAAGGCAGUACCCGCCCGCCCCUUCCCGCAUCGCCCGUUCUGCUCCAGGAUCUUGGAUAUGAACCUUCUUCAGCUCCUGGCCUUCCUUUUUGUCUUGUUCCUGUCAGGAAGAGGGACCACAGGCACUUCGAGGGACCCAAGCCUAGAGAUUUACAAGAAGAUGUUUGAGGUGAAGCGGCGGGAGCAGCUGUCGGCGCUGAAGAACCUGGCACAGCUGAAUGAUGUCCACCAACAGUACAAAAUCCUUGAUGUCAUGCUCAAGGGGCUCUUUAAGGUGCUAGAGGACUCCCGGACAGUGCUCCAGGCUGCUGAUGUGCUUCCAGAUGGGCCAUUCCCCCAGGACGAGAAGCUGAAGGAUGCUUUCUCCCAUGUGGUGGAGAACACGGCCUUCUUCGGGGAUGUGGUACUGCGCUUCCCAAGGAUUGUGCACCAUUACUUUGACCAUAACUCCAACUGGAACCUUCUCAUCCGCUGGGGCAUCAGCUUCUGUAACCAGACAGGCGUCUUUGACCAGGGGCCCCACUCGCCCAUCCUCAGCCUGAUGGCCCAGGAGCUGGGGAUCAGCGAGAAAGACUCUGACUUCCACAACCCAUUUAAAACAGACCGCAUGGAGUUCAUUUCCAGCAACGACCCUUUCCAGAAGGCCCUGCGGGAAGAAGAGAAACGCAGGAAGAAAGAGGAGAAGCGGAAAGAGAUCCGCAAAGGUCCAAGGAUCUCCCGGUCACAGUCUGAGUUGUAGCUCUGGAGCAACUCAGGAACCAAGGGUCCAGCAAGAGGCCCACUGGAAGGAAGAAGGCCGUGUGGCUCUGCGGUGGCAGCAUCCACCAUGGUGGUGAGCACUGGCUCCUUCCAGUUGGGGACUCCACAUUUGCUGGGUCCUCAGGAGCCAAAAGGACUGAAGCUCAGGUAGCUGGAUUUCCUUCCCAGAGCCUGUCUGGAGGGGGCACUGAAGGGACCUUUAGAAGAUACCAUGCUACAGGCAAGGACUUAUAGAGGCUGCUGGGGAAGGAAGGAGGGCAGCCUGGAGUCCUAGUGGGUAAGGGCCGCCAUCACCCUUUGGAAAAGCAGUAGAACCAGGCUCUGAGUCACAGGUAAAGAGGCCAUGCCUACAGCUAGUUCUACUGUGUCAGUGAGCUACUUGGCAGCUCAGGUCCCAACUCUUCUUCAGAAACACAAUAAAAGCCAGCAAACCACUGAGCCCACUAAAGCUGUGGAGUGGGCUCUGCGGGAAGCAGGGAAGCAGGAGCCUCAGGAAUGGCCCGAGUUUGGAGGAUGAAGCUCCCUUAUCCGAGGAGCCCAACUCUGGCUGGGCAGAGAAGCAGCAGCUUGACUUGGACUCUUGCCUCUCAGCACGGCCCUUGACCAGGAAUUGGCCUUGAGAGAAGCCCUGGAAGUGUCCCAGGAGGGUGUUAGGUCAUCCGGAGAGACCUUGGAGAGCUGGGGACAGUCACUGAGCAGCCAGGGAGCAGUCAGCACAUCAGGGAAGACCCUUAACCUAUGGGUGUAUGGUCUGCAAGGGCAGGGCUGCCCUGAGCCAGUUUGGUCAGACAGCAAGCUCCCAUUUCAAGAGCAAGUGAGUGUAGUCCUCCAGACAGUCAAGGGAGCUGCAGAAAGGGUUAAGCCCCAGGUCGGUAGAGAGGGAACUGCUGCCCUUCAGUCCAGCCCUUCCAGAACAGAGCGGGGAGGGGCUUCAACAGGAAUUCUACCUCUGCCUCUUGGGCCUGUCAAGCCAAGGGUCUGCCUCUUAAAGGAACAGAGGCACAAAACCAUCCUCAGUCCACUCCAUGCUCAGCCUCCAGCCCCACGUAGCGCCCAAGUGAAAAUGAGACUUUGCCUGUCAAACUUACUGACUCUGGCCUAACCCAUUCCUUCCCGUGCCUGUAGCCUCAGGGGUAAAUGAACUUGAUAUCUGAACCAUCUGCCCAGGCCAAAUCUGUUUUGUCGUGUGUGCUUCCCAUCCUUGGUGCUAGCCACUAAAUUCUGGGCUUUUGCCCUGAGCUGUAUCUCCAGGCUUAUUUAUUUUUCUUGAGACAGGAUGAGCUUAAACUUGCAAUCCUCUUGCCUCAGCCUCUCAGAGUGCUGGGAUUACAGGUAUGCCUGGUUCUAAGCUGCUUUCUUGAAGCUGGCUUGCUGUUGGGCAGCAUAGCAAAGACAAGCCAGGCCUCAGGGAGACUCAUGGGAGGACCUGAAACAUCCUGUACCCUAGCAGCCACUCAGGAGAAGUAAGGGGACAAGAAGCAACUGGAAGAGAACUGGGAGGAAGUCUAUUGAUGCUUUGCCAUCAGGACUGCCCACCAGCCCCAUUUCCCCUCACUGGACAAGGGAGGUGGUGGUAGGCUUCCCUCGAGACCUGGACUCUGUGCCCUGGACAUGGACCUUCAGCCAUUCCUGUGAAGAGUACAGGAGAUGGCUGUGCUAGUCUGCAAGCUGUAGGGCUAUAGUAAGGGAGGGAUCAGGAGCCAUCUGUCAGCUGGUUAGGCUGUCCUGGUGUCCACAGGUGAGACACCAGCAGCGCCAAGGCUCCUCCCUGCCCCUUCUUGGAGAACAGUUGCAGCUGCUGACUUUCCAGAGGAGGCGUUUCCUCCCUUAAUGGAGAAAGACUAAGAACCAUGCUGCCUGUUUAGCUGUGGACCAGGCUUCUUGGGAAUGGUGGGAGGCCAAAGGAUGCCUCAGGACAGUGCAGACGUAGUUCCAGCUUUGGUAGGAGUCCUAUUAAGUGACUUCUAGGGCCUUUGUCAUCAGCAGCACCUCAGAGUGAUGAGGAAGGCUCUUCCCUUGCUCUUGUCACCCGGAUCUGAGUGUCAGUCCACUGCCACUCAGAUCCUUGGGUCCUCGUCUCAGAGUGCUCAGGAGCUUGAGAGGAUACGGGCCUGCAGAAAAGUCCUUUCUAGUUAGAUGGUGCCAGGAAUUUAGUAGCUUCUCGGCAACAGGUGCCCUUCUCUUCUUUGUUCAUUCUGUAGAUUUACUGAGGGCCCACUGUGUCUCUGAGUGUCUGGCUACCCUUCCUCCUCGGCUUUUCCCUGUACACCUUCAGCCUCUCUCCAUGUUGGCUGGGCUUGUUCCCUCCACCUGGGAUGAGCCCAGUGUUUCCCAACUGCCACCUGUAAAGGUGGCAGCCCAUUUGCUGCUCUCUCUUUGUCUUGCUUGUGGUUGAUCAUUUGUUCUGGGAACCCUUUUUUUUUUUUUUUUUGAGACAGGGUAGCACUACAUAGUUCAGGCUGGCCUUGAAUUCACAGUACUCCUCUUGCCUCAGCCUCCCAAGUCUGAGGGAACCCCAUUUUAUAAGGCUUAUGUAGACAGAAGGGACCCCUCACUUCAGGGGAGUUAAAGGCUUGAGGGUAAUUGUUUGUCCAGUUGCCUGCAAUUAGGAUUCAUUUAUCUGAGGAAACUUCCACCAACUGUGGGCACCUAGUCAGUGUGGUUCUUGAUGGCUUUGGUGGCAGCAGGUACUAGGGAUAGCAGCAGGAGGUGAUUCUAACAGCCAGUCCAAUAACCAGUGCCAGGAAUGCCCUGUGAUGGCAACAAAUACUGUCACUGUGGUCUGGGACAUUGUUCCAGUCUGCUAAGUUUCCAGGUCCAGACUGUAGGACCCCUAGGGAGUCUGGGAGCCCCCUAAUAUUCUUUAAGGCAGGUUUUCUUGACAAUGGCACUGUUGGUAUUUUAGGCCAGAUAACGCUGGUGUGUGAGGAAGACAGGGUAUUUAGCAGCACUGGGAAUUAUUACAAGUAAAAAUGUUUCCUGAUGCUCCCUGGGGGCAAAUCUUCCAUGCACAGCCUUUCUCCCUCCCAGCCUGGAUCCUCCUCUGCUGUCCCCAACCCUGGCCUUCCAAGAGAUGGUGUUGACAACUCAUGAACUUACUGUCCUGGUGCUCUGCCCUCAAUCCCUGCUGUCUCUCUUCCUGACUCCUUGGCAGCCAGUGGUAGUGGUAUAUAUCUGUGACCCCAGAACUCAGAGGCUGAAGCAGCAAGAUCUCCAGUUCAAGCCUAGCCUGGGCAAGUAGCACAUUAAUGAGAUCCUGUCUCAAAAAUUAAAAAGGUUUAUAGAUGUAUCUCAGGACAAAGCCCCUGGGUUCAGUCCUCAGUACUGCCAAACAAUAAAGCUUGGCCUCACUGCUGCCCUUUUGCUUUUCUGUUCUUGGACAGCCAUUCCCUCUAAGAUCUCAAAAUUAAUGGCACCUACCCUGUCACCAUCUGCUACACCCCACAGCUUAUGCUUCAGUUCAUCCCAAACCAAACUUGUCAUUUCUCACCCUGUAACCCAACCUCUUCGUCAGAUUCUCUUGUAGUGUGUCAGGAACUUCCUGGAAGAAAUGACACCUAAACUGAGUCCUGAAAAACCAGGGGAGGAGGAAGAAGGGGGCAGGUGCUGGAAGCAAAGGCCUCAAAGUGUAGGCGUCAGUACAUGUGAUUCCCUACGACCUAUAGCCAGUGCCAAAUCCAUCAUAGAAAAUUUGACAAAAUGAUCACCUAGUCCAACCCCUCCCUUUUCAGAUGAAAAACUCAAGUCUUGACUUGUCAGUGGCUUCUCCAUCUCACAGAGCCAGCCUGUCCUCCCAGCCAGAGCAAGGUGCCAGGUGAAAGAUGUUCAGUCAGGUGGGAUCCAGGCCAGAGGGCGAGUGUUGGUGUCUUACUAGGCUUUGGAUCCUGGGCAAUGCCAUUCUUCUGUUUCUCCUGAGCCUUUGGGCUUGCUUCCUCAGGCCACUUGGCCAGGCGCCAAGGCCUCUGGGCAGGUCUGCUGGGAGCCACAAACAGCUGCUGAGUGGGAAGCCCUGUGCCUACCUCAUUGAUCUCCCAGUGCUCAAGGAAACCCCAGAUGUAGUGGGAAGGCACUUGAUCAAAGUGAUUUGUUUGGGGGUCCUGCCAGAGAAGACAGACAACUGUCAGUUCAGGGAGCUCUGACAGAGCUACCAAGAACCACUGAUGAAGAUGGCACUGUCCAGCUUGGUGCCGCAGCAGGUCCAUAGCAGGCAGCUGAGUUCAGGUGCUGUUUUCUGUUUCUUAGUGUAAACAGCAAAGAGCACUCUUGUUUUGCUUUAACCUCAGUGUAAGACACAAUGUAUUUCUCAUAGAAUAAAUGCUCAGCAUAAAAGGUAAUUCAGACAAUAAAAAAAGAAGAGAGAACAGUCCACCCCACAUCCCACCACACCCACAGGCACAACUGACAGUCAGCUGUUGGGCCUUGCUUAGUUUUUCAGUGAUCAUUUCUGUAUUCUAUGGCACCUUACUACAUGCCCUGACCUUCAUCACAUGCAUUGUGGCAGCAGCUUCUGCCUCAAGGUUUUUAAUCCAUGUUAUCUGAACCAUAACUACACCACAGGGAGUUCCUUCUUCAGAGUUGUAGAUUUCAUUUUUAAAUGUCCCCUGAACUCAGGAUUUUGCACACGCUAGGCAAACUCUACCACUGAGCUACACCUGCAGCCCAAGUCUUAACUUCACAAGUCGGGUCUUGUUACUUUUCCUUGGUCACUUGAACCAUCAUCUGUUAUUUGUUUGUUUACAGCUCCCUACCCCAAGCUGGAAGUUCUUAAGAGGGCAGAAACUGUUCAUCUGCCAGAGAUAUCCAUAAAUGUUGUCAAACCAACAUGUAUAUAAUUUCAUGAAUCUUCACAACUAUGAAGGGUACUUUUUUGUUCUGUUUUUCUUUUCUUUUCUUUUUCUUGUCUUUUUGAGACAAGGUCUCUCUAUGCAGUUCAGGCUGGCCUUAAGCUCACUUUGUAGGCUAGGCUGGUCUCGAAGUCGAAAUGAUCCUCCUGCCUCAGCCUCCAGAGUGCUGGGAUUAUAGAUAUGAGCCACCAAGCCCACCUUUUCUGUCUUUUUGAGACAGGGCCUAGCUGUGCAGUUUGGACUGGCCUUGAGCUCACUUUGUAGCCCAGGUUGGUCUGGAACUUGCAAUGAUCCUUCUGCCUCAGCCUCCUGUGUGCUGGGUUAGACAUGUGCCACCAUGCCCAGUUGAAGGGUGCUAUUUUAUUUCCAUUUUAUCUUACUUUUGAGACAAAGUCUCGCUGUGUAUGAUCCUCCUGCUGCAGCCUCCACAAUACUGGGAUUAUGGGUAUACACCACCACAUUCAGUUUUCAUUUCCAUUUUACAGAUAACAAAACAGAGGUUAAGAACAGCUCCUAAGGAGUUGUCUCAAAAACUUUAAGUGGGUGUCCUUUAAGUCCUGAGUGACCCCUGAGCAACGUUUGCCUCUAAAACUUGCAUGAAAUUUACUGAUUUUAGGAUCUUCAUACUAAGCUAUCUCCUUAGUCCUAAAAUUUUGAGACAGGAUCUUGCUAAAUAGCUAAAUUGUCCAGGCUGCUGGGCUUAAAAGCUGUGAUCCCUCUGCCUCUGCUUCCCACAGUGCUGGGAUUAUGGGCGACAUACACCUUCUGAUAUGUUGUAAAAGCCUUUUCUUCACAUUUAUGUACUUUUUCCUUCUUGUUUUGUUUUGUUACCUGGGUUGGGACCCAGGGCUUUGCAUGCACUAAACCUCUCUGAAACUGAGUUAUAUAUCCCCAGUUCUUUGCAUAUAAUUUUUAAUGUCAUAGUGUCCCACCAUGUGAAUGUAAUUUAUCAGGGCCUUACUGGACUUUUCAGUUUUUCUCAGGUACAGAGCAUCUGAUGACGAAUGUCUGAACAUACGUAUUUAUUUUCGCA